AUGAGCGAGCGGCGCCAGCACUUCGUCCGCGACUACGACUGGAUCCGCCGGGCGCUGAUGUACGAGCCGCGCGGCCAUGACCUGAUGUCUGGCGCGGUGCUCUACCCGCCGCUCUCGGCGGACGCCGAUCUUGCGCUGCUCUUCGUCGAGACCACCGGGUGCCUGCCCAUGUGCGGCCACGGCACCAUCGGCACCGUGACCAUCGCGCUCGAGCACGGCCUCGUCUCCCCCGCACCGAGGGCACCCUGA